CCGGCGGCCGCCCCCGGGACGCCUGGGUCCGAGCCCCCUCCCCAUUUGGCGCGGAGCCCGCAUCCCGGGGCCGCCGGCGGCUCGGGCAGCGGAGCCCCGCGGAGGAGCUCGCGAGGGCGCCGGGGUGACAUAGCCGGAGGCGGCCAGGAGGAGAAGGGGGCGCUGCGGGCCGGAAGGAGCAGCAGGGCGGCGUGCGGGCGAUGGAGCGCGCGGUGGAGCCCUGGGGCCCGGAUCUCCAGGGCGCAGAGGAGAGGGAGCAGCUGAGAGGAGCCCGCACAGGUAUAGGGAGUGAGAAUGUGGAGAUUUCUCAGCCGGAUGAGUUUGAACAUACCCCACAGGAGGAUGACUUGGGGUUCAAGGAAGAGGAAGAUUUGGCCCCAGGUCAUGAAGUAGGAAAUGCCUCUCUCAAACCUGAAGGCAUCCAGACCUGGGAUGACUUGUGGGUCCAGAGAGAGGGACCAGGAAAACCUCAGGCUCGGGACAGAGGUCCCCGGCUCCUGGGAGAGCCACGUUGGGGCCAGGCUAGUGAUCGGGCUGCCGUGUGUGGUGAGUGUGGCAAGAGUUUUCGGCAGAUGUCAGAUCUGGUGAAACACCAGCGGACCCAUACAGGGGAGAAACCCUACAAGUGUGGGGUCUGCGGCAAGGGCUUUGGGGAUAGCUCUGCCCGUAUAAAACACCAGCGAACUCAUAGUGGUGAAAAGCCCUACAGAGCCCGACCACCAGCCCAAGGCCCCCCAAAGAUUUCUCGGUCCAGGAUCCCAGCUGGUGAACGCCCCACUAUCUGCGGCGAAUGUGGCAAGAGCUUCCGGCAGAGUUCUGACCUGGUGAAACACCAGCGGACACACACGGGUGAGAAGCCCUACAAGUGUGGCAUCUGUGGCAAGGGCUUUGGUGACAGUUCUGCUCGCAUAAAGCACCAGCGGACACACCGGGGGGAGCAGCCUCCCCGGCCCGUGGUGCCCAGACGGCAGCCUUCUCGAGCAGCCACGGCAGCCACACAGGGACCUAAGGCCCAGGACAAGCCAUAUAUCUGCACCGACUGUGGCAAAAGAUUUGUGCUCAGCUGCAGCCUUCUGAGCCACCAGCGCAGUCACUUGGGGCCCAAACCUUUUGGCUGUGAUGUGUGUGGAAAGGAGUUUGCCCGGGGCUCAGACCUGGUGAAGCACCUGCGGGUGCACACAGGAGAGAAGCCCUACCUAUGCCCCGAGUGUGGCAAGGGCUUCGCCGACAGCUCUGCCCGGGUCAAACACCUCCGCACCCACAGUGGGGAGCGGCCUCACGCCUGUCCAGAAUGUGACCGUACCUUCAGCCUCAGCUCCACCCUUCUCCGCCACCGCCUCACUCACAUGGAGCCCCAGGACUUCAGCUUCCCAGGCUACCCCUUGGCCCCCCUGAUCCCCAGCCCACCCCCCAGCUCAAGCCCACCCCCACCUCCUCUUGGCACGAGCCCCCCGCUGACACCUCGAAGCCCUUCACACUCGGGUGAUGGGCCUUUUGGCCUGCCUGGCUUGGAGCCAGAGCCCGGGGGCCCACAGGCUGGGGAGCCACCCCCACCAUUGGCAGGUGACAAGCCCCACAAGUGCCCUGAGUGUGGCAAGGGCUUCCGCCGAAGCUCGGACCUGGUGAAACACCAUCGUGUGCACACAGGGGAAAAACCCUACCUCUGCCCUGAAUGCGGCAAGGGUUUUGCUGACAGCUCGGCCCGAGUCAAGCACCUCCGCACUCACCGAGGUGAACGGGCUCGGCCACCACCACCAUCCACUCUCCUGAGGCCACAUAACCCCCCUGGUCCGGCACCCACAGCCCCCCGACCCCGAGUCCGAGCCCAGCCCUCUGGACCCAGCCAGCCCCAUGUGUGUGGCUUCUGUGGGAAGGAAUUCCCCCGGAGCUCAGAUCUGGUCAAACACAGGCGAACACACACUGGGGAGAAGCCAUAUAAGUGUGCAGAGUGUGGCAAAGGUUUUGGUGACAGUUCUGCCCGCAUCAAGCACCAGCGUGGGCACUUGGUCCUGCGGCCCUUUGGGACAGGGGAUGGUCGGGCAAGGCCCCUCAAGGAGGAGCCACCAACAGGACUGGAAUGAUGGGGUCCAGGGAAGAUGGAAGCCCAGGAGACCAAAGGGAGGGUAUCUGCUGCUUAAGCAGAGAAUAAAGGGCCGGGGAGGUGGUGGGAGGGAGAAGGAGGGGAAGAAAUGGGAGAAAGGAGUGAAUAGAUAGAAAUAGAGAUUGGAGACAAUGACCUUGAAGCUCAGGAAACUGUCCUGGCUGGGCUCAGUCAGGACCUUGACACUAUGGUCUAUACCCCCAGCUUCUAGAACACUGCCUUGUAUUCUGAAUAGCGUAGGCGCUCAGUACUUACUGAAUGAAUAAACUGCCACCCAACCUUGCCCCUAGGAGACCAGCACCCUGGCCAGCACCAAACAGGGUUUGUUUGACCUUAUGAGCCACAACAGUGAGACUUCAGGAGUUUUGGGUGGUAGAGAGGCAGGGGCAUCUUGGAACCUUCUGAUGGGAAGAGUAUUGCUGUGUGGAUUGCAGUAUCCAGGCUCAGGCCACACUGGACAUGGUCUUAGCCAGGAAGGGCGCUGCUGGACAGCCCACACCUAUCUGCCCUGGAGAACCCCAACCCGCCCCGACACCUGGACACUGGCAGAAUAGACCAGAGACAGCAGAAGGGACAAACAGUCGAUGCCAAGCCCAGGUCCUGGUGGACGUCAGCAGACAAACUGGCUGGGAGAAGGGCAGGACUGGAGUGAGGAGAGGCCAGGGAAGCUCCAAGGCAGGACAGCCACAUCUCCGUGUAUCUCCUCGCCAAUAAACUUUCUUGUC